AUGACUAAUGUUGGUUUUCUCAUUUUAUUUGGUCUGAGUUCUGUGUUGUUUCCAUGUGAAGGUAUAAGACUUUAUAUUCCCAAUUUUAUUUUAUUUUCUCGCGUUUUUAUAUCCUACUCUACUCAUACUUGACUCGCUUGCGAGACAAUCAAUUUUUUUUUGUUUCCAUACGGCUAUGUAUUAUCUCCUUUAAUUAUUUAAGGGACUGGUCAUAAUUUAUCAGGGGGGGUGGGGAGGUGUAAUUCAAAAUUUUAAGGAAUGAUAUUUUGUGACCCUGUUUUUCCAUAACCCGGAAAAAUAAUGCCCCCCCCAUCUUAUGUGAGAAGAACAAAAUGUGAGAAGACAUGUAUAAAACAAUUGAUUGAACUAAAACAGCAGAUUCCCUCCCCGCCUUUAUAAACUGUCUAAUAUUUUAUAAACCCCCCUUUUUCCUGGCUAAAAAAUAUGUGACCCCCCCACUGUUUCCACCUCCCCACCCCUCCUGCUAAAUUAUGACCAGUCCCUAAGUUGAACGAGUUGUCUUUCGCCAUCCCCAUCGGAUCCCUUCGUGACAAUACAUGAUUGAUGGUCAGACUAGGUUGAGGAAGUUUAUCACUUUAUAACCGAAAAAAUCGGGGUUGUUUACUUGUUUUCAAAAACGGUGUAUCAUUGUUUCUAAAAGAUCGUAGGACUGUGAAAUGAUAAAGAUGGCACUUCUGAAUGCACAUCACUUACGAAGGAAAGCUACUUGUUAACCUUAUAGAAGAGUAAUACAAUAACUUUGCAAAUUUGUUUUUGAUUAUCGGUUUCAGUUAUUUUUUUAACUUCUUCAGCUUCAGUCAAAUUUGUCCUGGCCACCUCCCCCAAGGGAGUUACAUAGUCUGUAAAAAAACCAUGCAAAAGAAAUAAUCGUUGCAGUGACUUUUAAACAGUAGAGAAAACUUUUUGCUGUGUAGGACAGGUCUAUCCACCAUCUAAUCAGAGCGUGAUAGUUGUUUUACCUGGAUCAACUGAAAUAUUAAAGUGGUCAUUUGUGGGCAAUCCUGCUCGAGCUUCUCUAGCUUGGUAUUUCACAAGAAGAGGUAAUGGUUCAAAGGUAGAAGAACUUGCUGUAAAAUUUCGCACGUAUGCCCCUACAAUAACUAACAGCAGCUUACCUGGGGUUUCGAUAAAAUCGCCAGCAACAUUGGUUUUAAAGAAUGUUGAUGAACGUUAUAAUGGAAAAUACCGGUUUAGCGUUCUAGCAGCUGGUGGAGGCGGGGAUGCUGAAGUUGAUGUUUUUAUUGCAGGCAAGUUUUCAUGAAGUCUUACGAUUUAUUUAGAAUUCUGGGAUAAUAUAUUUUUUAUCAGUUUUCCAGUUGCAUGGAUAUGGCCAAUUAGCCAUUUCCCAAAGUCCUGGGUCUAGUCGCGCGAAUCUCAUGCUGGAGGGACAAAAAAUAUGGCAGCACACAUUUAAAUUAAAUGUUUAAUGUAAAAAAGAAAUAUUUCAUUUUUGGUCGUCUAAAAAAUUGAUAUUUGACAGUAGAUACUUCUACACUUUCACAUAUUUGAGCCUGUCACCACAUAUUUUGUCCCUCCAAACGAUCCUAGAAUGCGCUCUGAUCUCUUUUGGGAAAAGGCUAAUUCAUCAAGGCAACAUCCUUAAGGGCUGGUCGAUCAGUGUUGGGGUGGGGCUGAAGUAUUCAGGAAAGUAGUGGCCCAAAAUAUCUGACUCAUCGCACUUUGUUCGCUCUAUGUUGGUCAUUAUUGAACCCACAGGUUCUUUAAUAAAUAAUUUUAAAUAAAUAAUAAACAUUCGGCUUUGUCUGAUAACACAAACUUGGAGCUUGAUAAUUCUGCAUGUCUUGCUCAACCUCAUUUAAUAAUUGUUAAUUUUUUUAAAUAAUGAUUAUGCAAAAUGUGGGCCUCAAUUGUGAUAGCUCACUUCCAUUAGCAAAAGUAGUGUACAGGAGAAGUAAUUUUGCAGGAAUAAUUUAAUAAUUUAGAAUUUUAAAUUAUUGCAUCGAAAUUAUUGCAUCUUAUUUGGAGCCUUAGAUGGGCAUUAGCUUGGUGAACCAAAUAGCCCUACAUCGAACGUGUUCAUUACAUAUGCCCUAGAAUUGUUGCCAAGCAAAUUUUCCGAGUUUAAGACUCGAAGGAAGUUAUCCAUCAUACCCUGCGCGCUCGAUGUUUAAGGUUUAAGAUUUUUGAAGGAGAGCAUUCGUUGAAUAUAUAUAUAUUAACUACUAUUUUUUGCAAUGUGGGCAAACAUUUUAAAUAAAAAAAACUGGAAUGAAACUACUGUACGUAUAUAAGUUUAUUUUGUCAAAUUUUAGGCUUUACUCUGACUAUUUAUACAAAAUACCUUUUAAACUUUUAACGCAAAUGGCUUCAUUACAUUUCAGAAAAACCAACCGUUACGUUAAGUUGUUCCAGUCCUAUCAAGGUUGAUGAGGGUGAUAAUGUCACAUGUGUAUGUAGAGGUGAAGGUGGAAACCCUCCAGCCAAUGUAAUUUGGUACAAAGAUGGCGUCCUGAUUGGUAGAACCGGAAAAGAAGAACAAACAUUAACUCUUAGGAAUGUUAAUGGAACAGACACUGGAACAUACAAGUGUGUGGCCCAAAGUCACACUCUAACUGACGAAGAAUACAUAAAAAUAAUUGUUUAUUGUAAGUAGAGUCAAUGGUAACUGUUUAGAACGAAAGGCCAUACAUGCAUGCCAUUCAUUUCGUUAAUACUGUUUUCAAAACGUUUGUGAAUAUAUUACAAAUAGUAAAAAUAUGCAUCAAAAAAGCUAAUAAUAUACCCUAUAUGAAUUGAACUCGCUUGACUAUAUCAAUUCUUGCUGUUUGAAAAUUUAUAUAGAAUAUAUAAAGGUAAAGCUUUCAAUCUGUAAGCCUGGAUGUUCAUUCAGUGCUAAUAAAAAGUUUAUCAUUUAUCAACAUAUAAAGAGUUUGUAUCUUUACAGACGCUGUUCCACCUAGAGUAAUAAGCCUUACAUCGACUCCUGAAAAUGUCGUACUUGGUGAACCAGUUGUGAUAAUGUGUGAAGCAACAGCUGUGCCUUUACCAAGUUAUACCAUAAUCCAUAACGAUACUGAGGUCGUCAGUACUCACAACACACAUAUUAUAACAGUUUUGAAAUACAGUGAUGCUGGGUCAUAUAAAUGUAUUGCCACAAGUAUCCUUGGAAAUAGUUCAAAGACUUUCAGCUUGUCUAUCACAGGUAAUCAUAUACGAUCUUUGCUAUGAUUGCAUUACCUUUUAAAAAGUGAUAUAAACUACAUUGCAUCAAGCUUAAUAUGUAACUAUAAGCAAAUCAGAGAGCGGACUCUUAACAAUGUGAUUUCAUUUUCAGUAACACCAACAACAACUACUCUAACUACAAAGGAUUUCGGAACAGGUAAAGUUGUUUUCUUUUCCUAACAUGGUUCCAGAUAGUAUAAUAUUUGUGUUAUGUUUAAUUUUUUGGGACGCCCAUGCAGUAUACGGUACAGAGAACCAGAUGGUUUAGGGAAUUGGUAAACCCAUAUAUGUGACUGUGUUCUUCUUAAUUUUCAGGAAAAGCAGCUUUAGAAAAAUGUAAUCGUAGUGGAACUGUAUGGUAUAUGGUUGUGGUAUUAUUGGUGUUUGGGAUUAUCAUUGGAAUUCUUCUUUGCUACAUUGUCUUGUGUUUCCGUCGUAAAUUUAGAAGUAGGAAACCUCAAUCAAACCCUGAACCAAAGGCAACUGAAGUUGAUACAACUUAUCAAGAACUUGAUCUUUCAAAAAUGAAUACAGAAGAUAAUUAUCAAUCAUUGAGAGUGAAUGCUGCAAGUAAUUACGAGGAUUCAACAUAUACUGAGUUAAACACAGCCAGAGACGUGGAGAACAACUACCAAUCUUUAACUUGA